AUGCUGGUGACGUUCGUGCUGGACACGAGCGCGUCCAUGAACCAGAGCACGAGCUCGGGUAUGACGCUGCUGGACUACGCCAAGUCGGCGGUGGAGCGCUUCGUGAAGCGCGUGCGCGACCCGAGCCGCCGCUACCAGCACCACUUCAUGCUGCUCUCGUGCGGCCGCGACGCGCGCUCUAAUGCCGGCAAAGGGGGCGGCAAGGGCUCGGCAGACGCGGUGCCCUACGACGGCCGCGUGCGCGUGGGCUGGGACCAGUCCACCAACAAGGAGGCCUUCCUGCGCGAGCUCAAGAACCUGCGCGCCACGGACCUGAGCGACGUGGGCGCCGCGCUCAAGCAGGCCUUCGAGCUCAUGAACCAGAUCCGCCUGCAGUUCAACUGGGACAGCUACGGGCUGGGGCGCGCGCCCUGGAACACCAACGUGUCGGUCUGCGUGCUGCUCACGGACGCCACGACUCUCUCGAGCGCCGACGGCCUCAUCCAGGACGCGCUCACGAUCGCGCCGUCCAGCGCCGUGGGCGCCGACCUCACGUACGAGCCGUACAGGUGGGACCAACGGCUCUUCACGGUCGCGCUCAAGCUCUCGGCCACCAUGAACGGCGUCAAGGGCCAGUCCAGCGUGCCCGCGGACCUCAUGGCGCUCAGUGAGGCCACGGGCGGCAUGCUCUACAUGCCCACGUCCAAGCCGGCCGUGGAGCAGAGCAUCGACCAGAUCAUUCUCAAGCUCAAGGCCGGCGCGGUGGUGAAAUUCAAGUGCGAGGCUAUGGACGGGGAGGCAGAGUUCCCCACGACAAGGAACAUCAUCGCGCCGCUGCCAAGUGGCAAGGAGUUCUGCUGGCCCGUGGCCGAAGCCUUCUGGCUAGAUAGAAACACCGUCGCGCUGCCCACGCGCGAGGCGCAUCCGACGCUCGUGUACUCUCGCACCGUGGAGAACGCCAUCGAGGCGGCGACGAGCCACAUGCUGCUGGAUACGCUCAAGUUCCCGGCGGACAAUUAUCUGUUGGAAACGUCCAUCAGUCCUACGCCGAGUCGCGGCCAACGCUGGCUGGUGUACGUCCAAGGCAGCAAGGGAGACGGACGGCUCGGGGACCCGAUUGGAAUGCUGCGUGCGCCUACGUCUGGGCCUGGAGUUCCUUCGGCUAACGCUGUGCUCGUGCUGCUUCCCUACAACUUCCCCAAGCUCUUCUCACUGCUUGUUGAAGUCGCUCGCGUGUACCAGGCUAGUGGCCAAAACAUCAACUCGGCGACGGGGACGUGGAUGUUCCAGGCGAAGGCUAUGCCGUCCUCGUGGCGCGAGUCCUUCUCGUCGUACCUCAGCGGCUGCCCGCUCUACUACUACGCCCCGUUGAAGAAGGCACUGCGCAAGUACAAUCUGCACGACAUGGUUCCUGAAGUCCAGGAUUCCGGACGGAGCUACCAGAUCUCCAACUUUUUGAACCGACUCCGGGAGCAGGCAAUUGCGGAGAGCGACAGCAACAACAAAUUGUACUCCCGGGCUGGCCGAAGCGACGCAAACAGCUCCACGCCAGGCCUGCGCAGCAGCGGCAUCCCGGAGUCGUCCCCGACCGCCUCGCCCAUUGCUAACAGGGAUGGCACUGGAUCGAACCAAGCCGACGCAACUUUGGAUGCCAUUGCCAGCAUGUCGCUCCAAGACUUGCGCGCCGCCCACCAGAAGAGCAAGUCGCUGUUUUUCGAGAAGUCCUCGAAGCAUCAGUUCCAGGUUGCUCUUCCGCGCGUGACGGCUCCGAAGGAUGACGCGGCGCCGCUGAAGUUGGCGCCAAGUUGGCGUGCUGUGGAGGAAGAUGAAAAGCAUCGCCAGCCAAUUGACGUCAUGAGUGACUACGAGUCUCGGUUGGUCAAGAAAGAGGCGCUCCGCAACCCUCUGGCUGAAGCUGAGCCUGACGAAGAUACGCCCACAGGAUUGCGACGCCGCCAACUGUGCUUCAAUCUGGGCAACCCCUACAAGAAGAGCUCGUCCAAGGCGAGCAACGUGUACCAAGGUGAAGCAGCAGAUGAAGCUGCUGCUCUGGGAGGCCAGUCUCCGAAGCGCCAGCGCACGCGCAAGCGGUCCUCGCAACUGAAGCGAGACAAGAAGCACUCCAAGCGCUCGCACAGAAUGCACGGCUCGCCGUCGUUCAAGUCGUCACCGGGGUCACCAUCGCACUCACCUAGCUCCCCUGUUUCCAGUACCUUGUCGACUAUUUCGUCUCCUGGACGAAGCGAGAGCGGCGACUCUGUCAUGACGGACAGCUCAGUGGGCUCGAACUACUCCGUCAAGGCAGAGGCUGCCCAGAUGCUGGGCAUCCCGCUCCACGAUGGCGACUUCGUGGAGGAUGAAAAGAGCAGCAGCUUUGUCCGACUGGUCUACGGCGUUCUAGCGGAGAACUGGGAGUCAUGGAGUACCAUCAUCCGCCUUAUCAAGGCCCGUACGACUACGCAGCAGGAAAAAGAGUUUGUUGUCAGCGGUCUUCGGUCGAUGAAGGGCGGUCCGACAGCGGUGAAGACGUACAUCGAGCAGGCGAUUCAAUAUUCGAAGCAGUUCCGGCAAAAGGCUCUCGAGCACGAGCUGAAGCAAUUGCUGGAUGAAGUGACGUCUGCGGUGGGGACAGCAAAUGACAAGCCGAACGAAGCAGCGGUGGAGGGUGCCAAGAAAGAAGCGGCAGCCUAG